CCAAUAGGAUCAGGGAGCGGGGGCCCGGGACUAGGAAGAGACGGCAGCCGGGAGGGGGCUCCGGGACUAUGGGGCUUCUGACCAUUCUGAAGAAGAUGAAGCAGAAAGAGCGGGAGCUGCGACUGCUCAUGCUCGGCCUGGACAAUGCCGGCAAAACCACGAUCCUCAAGAAGUUCAACGGGGAGGACGUGGACACCGUCUCCCCCACGCUGGGCUUCAACAUCAAGACCCUGGAGCACCGCGGGUUCAAGCUGAACAUCUGGGACGUGGGCGGCCAGAAGUCCCUGCGCUCCUACUGGCGGAACUACUUCGAGAGCACCGAUGGCCUCAUCUGGGUGGUGGACAGCGCUGACCGCCAGCGCAUGCAGGACUGCCUGCGGGAGCUCCAGAGCCUGCUGGUGGAGGAGCGACUGGCCGGAGCGACCCUCCUGAUCUUUGCCAAUAAGCAGGACCUGCCGGGAGCGCUGUCCUCCAAUGCGAUUCGCGAGGCCCUGGAGCUGGACUCCAUCCGCAGCCACCACUGGUGCAUCCAGGGCUGCAGCGCGGUGACCGGGGAGAACCUGCUGUGCGGCGUGGACUGGCUGCUGGACGACAUCUCCAGCCGCAUCUUCACGGCCGACUGAGCCGCUGCCCGCUCCCCCGCCCCACCUGCAGAACUCACACUCCCCACCCCCGCCCAGACCGGACUGUCUGUUGCCCUGGCCCUACCCGGCCCGCCGCUGCGCACCCAAAAGGAAGGGCUGGGGCUGGACAGGCCCCUCCGCUGCUACUGAGGCCGUGGGCCUCGCCCUGUGCUCAGCUCUGAGAAUAAACCACUCCUCGCCCCGGC